AUGUCGCAGCUUUCGCAGCAGGACGACGGUCCCUCCGAUCCACAAUUCCAGUCCCAGUCCCCCUCCCAGUCCCCGUCCUCGUCCCAGGCCUCUCCUCGCGACAGCCCCACGGGAGGUCGUCAGCCGGCGCCAUGCCCUCCAACAAGCAGCGCGUCUCCCGUGUCAGAACUGGGGAAGAAGAGGUCGCAGCGCAAGGCGGCUCCUAGCCCUUUACAAAUGAGCACGUCUGCUACCACUUCUCCCCCAACGAGUGCCACGCCUACUAGAUCCGCCUUCGUCAGGAGCCAGAUCUCGCAAGUUGCCGUCACGUCUUCGACAGCACAGGGAGGGCCGCGCUCGCCCAAGGAGCGUCUGGACGACCUGCUCGCGUCUGAAAAGGACUUCUACAAUACGGGAGUCUCGCCCACCGCGACGGUUCCCAAAGAGGUUUCUAGAUAUCCUCGGCCCCUCGACACGAACGUUACCCCGCGAAGCUUUUCUGACUCUGUCGUGAACCCGCCGCUCUCAGACAGCUCGCCCACGAGCACGCGAUCGCCAAUUGCUGCGAUGCCACCACAGCACUGGCCUGCCGACACUGCUCGACCUCCUCUCCGAACCUCGUCGAUCGAUUCGGCGAUUUCCUCGUUAUCAGAUGCUUCAAACACACACAAUUCACCCGACUCGGCGGCUGGGAGCCCAGAUAUUGGAAACCUCAUACAGGCGGCUGGAUCUGCAGAAGCGGUGAUCCAGUAUCUCCUGAAGGAGAAGCAAUCACAGGCGAAUCAGAAUGCACAGUUAUGGCGCUUGGUAGAUAAGCAGAGGGCCAUGAUCCUGGGGCUCAACAAGGAUCUGGAGCGCGCGUUGAAGGACAAGGAGCGAUAUCGUAAGAAGUUAAAAGAGAGCCUUGCGCAGCUGUCGAAUCCCUCGCCAGUUGAAUCUAACCAAGGCCUUGCAUCUGAGGCUGGAUCGGCUUCCUCGGAUCACGGGAAUGCACAAGCUAUGAAACCUAGCAGCCCUGGGGGGCCUUCGCCCGUUGAGGCAAGGGAUCAAGAGCAGAGGGAAGAAGAACUACCGUCACCCAUCGAUGUUGCGCUAGCUCCCUAUCCGAUCACACCCACCACAGACAAGGCUCUGACCCGUAGUCUCUCGAAUUUGGUGGAGCCUACGCAUAAGAUGCCAUCGCCAACGAAGCACGCAUUCCAGAACUACAACCCAGACGGCCCCGUUGCAGGAUUUGAGGCUGGACAGCAACAGAGGAAGGCGAACGAGGUUGCGCGAGAGGCUCCAUAUAACGUUUCACUUCCCCCGUCGAGGUCCUUACCUUCAGAUCCGCCGAGAUGUCCUCCGCCCAAGGUUCCCCCUCCAAAAGCUCCAAUGUCACCGCCGCCGUCUGUCUCCGUCAUCGAAUCAUCUCCGAAUACAUCUUCGAAUACCGACGGAGCUUUCCAGCGGUAUCCCAACCCCCCGCCGCGAAAACCUCCUCCUGCACCCCUGGAUCUCGGACAGAAUAAUCUACCCAGUUCGCAUCUCCGCCAAGCAUCGGAGGGAGUAGAUGACUCCUCCUCUGACUACGACGAUAUCUUAGAAGUGGACGAGAUCCCGGCUUUCCCUGAACGGGGGCGACGAAAGACGAGGGAAGAGGAUGACAGGGAACGUGAGCUCGCAGCGAUGAGAGAAGCUGAGUUGAGAAGUCUAUCUAAGAAGAGCAAGAAAUCAAAAUCACGGACUCCGAAGACCCCAAAAGAUAGCACGUUUGAGGCCGCGAAGGAGAGCAUGCCGUUGAGUCCGCGGCAAACGAUCCCAAUACCGCCCCCAGCUGAUCUACGCCCUCCGAUAGACUCCAAUGCCGGCUCUCUAGUAGGUAUGCUCGCUUCAGCUAAAGCCUCUGAUACUAAGACAAGCUUCAUCUCUCCUCCUCUGAUGAGUCCGGGUUUACCCAAGAGCCCGAGACCGGUUGAUAGAGGGGCGUCACCGCCAUCCAGACAGCCGGGGUCAUCUUAUCACUCGUCUUCGAUGUCUCCUCCAAUGUCUCCUCGGAUGGGUGCCUUUUCCGGAGCUGUACCUCUCUCUCCACGAGCACCACGACAACCGAUUCCCCUCCCUCCAAAUACACCCCUAUCAAUCGUCUCUCCCGGGUUGGCCAAGGGCGAGCAUCCAGUUAUCAAAAGACCUACCGAACCGCGGAACAACAGUCCCACGGAUGAUGUCGUAUCUCGCCACAGCCCAUCAGAUUCGAGUGGCAUUUACAGAGGUUUCGUGACGGAGGAGUAUCCUGAUCUGCUCCUGGCACCCAAUGCUCUUCCAUCCAUAGAUGUGAAGGUUGCAUCUUCUCGACUGAGGCCUUCACGGGCGAGUCAGUUGUUCCCGAAGGAUUUUGAGGAAGAUCCGGUCUUCACCUUGGCAGUAUUUUCAAGGGCCAAUGGCAGAGAGCUUUGGAGGGUGGAGAAGGACUCGACCUCGUUGACAAACCUAGAUCAGGCCUUGAAACAAUCCUCAUUGGUCACAGCGAAGGUUCCGGAAAAAUCUCUCUUCAGUGGUCACGCUCCCGCUAAGGUAGAUGCGCGACGGGCAGCGCUGGAUACGUACCUGGAUGAAAUCCUCAAUACACAGAUGGACACUGCAUCGGCUCUCGAGAUUUGCCGGUACCUCUCGACAAAUACACUGGAACCUGAUGGGGAGGAUCUGGCACGCGGCGAUUCAAAUUCUGGCAGUCCGGUUAAGACGGGCCCAGGAGGUAGACCUUUUAAAAAUGGGUAUCUGACCAAGAGAGGCAAGAACUUUGGCGGUUGGAAGGCGCGGUUCUUUGUGUUGGAUGGGCCUGUCCUGAAAUAUUAUGAGUCCCCUGGCGGAGCUCAUCUUGGAGCUAUCAAGCUCCAGAAUGCGCAGAUCGGAAAGCAACAUGACAGCCAGUCCCCUCCCCCUGCCAACCUCGAUGAUGUCGAGAAUCAGUAUCGCCAUGCUUUCCUAAUUCUAGAACCGAAGCGAAAGGACUCGUCUAGUCUUGUGAGGCACGUCUUAUGUGCAGAGAGCGAUAAGGAGCGAGAUCAAUGGGUUGAAGCUCUACUUCAAUACGUAGAUUAUAAGGAUGAAGAUGGCGAUCACGUGCAGCGUUCGCACAAGGAGCACGAUCGCAACAAUUCUGGAGGAUCUUCACACACCACCGGUUUGAACGCCAAGAAGAAGAUGUACGGAAAGAAUCAGAACCAGAGUCAGAACCAGAGUCAGAGUCAGAAUCAGAAUCAGAAUCAGAAUCCGACUGUGCCCGAGAACGACGAUUUCCGCGGCAUCAGCUACGACACGACCAAGCAAGGCGCCAUUCCGGUUGGGGCCAGAUCGAAGAACGACACUCCAUCGCCUCCCUUGUUGAAUGGCCAUGAGCGAGAUUCAUUGACCCAAUCGCCACAAUCUCAGACCACAAAAUCCAUCUCUGCGCCAAAGAAUGCACAGGUGAUUCAAGAUGUUGGGGCUUGGGGCAAUAAGCAGACCAUGUUGGCGCCUCAACCCCACGAAGAGAAGAAGCAGAAGAAGCGUAGCUUUUUCGGAUUCGGAUCGAAGUCAAGGCCAUCUGUGGACCUGCAGGAUUCAGGCGCCAACGAUGCAAAUAGCAACCUGUCGCAGAUGGCAUACGAGCAACACGGUCCCAUCCGACCUGUCUUUGGGGCUCCUCUAGGAGAGGCUGUUAAAUACAACCACCCUGCUGACGUUCCAAAUAUCGAAUUGCCUGCCGUUGUCUACCGCUGCAUCGAAUACCUGGAUUUCAAGAACGCGGCUGCCGAAGAAGGAAUCUUCAGGCUGAGCGGAUCCAACGUGGUAAUCAAACAGCUCCGGGAACGAUUCAACACCGAGGGAGAUGUGAACCUCGUCACGGAUGAGCAGUACUACGAUAUUCAUGCAGUAGCUUCACUUCUGAAAUUGUACCUCAGGGAGUUGCCAACAACGAUCUUGACGCGGGAGCUCCACCUCGAAUUUUUAGCUGUGACCGAACUACAUGACCUUGACGAGAAGAUCAGCGCUCUGAAUGGUCUCGUUCACAGGCUGCCAUCUGCCAACAAUUCCCUCCUUCGAUACCUGUCUAGCUUCCUGAUCAAUAUCAUCAAUCACUCUGAUCAGAACAAGAUGACUGUUCGGAACGUUGGGAUCGUCUUCUCGCCGACCCUCAACAUACCAGCACCAGUGUUCGCACUCUUUCUCCAGCAGUACGACGGGAUCUUUGCCCAAGAGCCUGAUGAUCAUGAUCAACAUACUGUCGAGGUCACCGUGACCGCUCCUCCCCUUACCCCAGAGGAUAUCCGCUCUCCGCGCCAACAGAUAUUCCAAAACCUCCCCACACCUUCCUAUGACCAGCAAUCCUUCCCACAGGCCCAACAUUACCAACCACAGCAGCGUGCCGUUCAUGACACAGGAUUUACGCCUCUCCAGCCUGCGUAUGAAGCGCAAUACCCCAGUUUCACAAUGGCUGGACCAGAAUACGGUAAUCGGGGACCUACCGUCGCCGGGCCCGCCUACGAUCAGUUGAACGGCGACGUGCACCGCUACCUCGCAGCCGAUGGCUCAUCGGGCUCGAAGAACAAGAGGCGGGAGAGCAAUAUGUUCGCGCUCGGCAUGGGGCAAAAGAAGGCGAGCAGCAAUAAUAAUAAGUCGAGAGACGAGCGUGUCGUUGACGAAAGCACAUUCUUCGAGUGA